UUCGUUGUGAGAAGACGCCUAUCAUUUGCAGGUUUUGUUUCUUGUUUCUUUAGUUUUCUGAGAAAUGAGUUACUACAAUCAACAGCAAGCUCCUAUUGCCAAUCCUCCUCCACAAGGGUAUCCACAGGCUUAUCCUCCACCACCACAGGGCUAUCCUCCAGCUGGGUAUCCUCAGGAGGGUUACCCUCCCCAAGGAGGACCCCCACCUCCACCUCAAACACAAUCUAGAGAAGAUGGCUUUUGGAAGGGAUGUUGUGCUGCCCUGUGCUGCUGCUGCGUGUUGGAAGAAUGCUGUUGCUGCUUUUAGGGACAGUGAUCUGCAAGGCUUGUGGGUCUGCUAAGAUGACAUUAUCUGGAUAUUAUGGUGUAGCUUUGUGUGGCUCAAAACUCAAUAUUUAUAUUGCUCUGUUUUGUGUGGGUCAAGAUUCAAUCUCUGUACUGCUUUGCCUUGGAUCUGUACUACUAUAGUCAUAUUCAUGGA